GAGGGUCGGAACUGCAGUCAGCUCGGAUGCCGGCCUUGAAGUCGGUCGGAUCCGGCUUCCGGUGGUGGCCGCAUUCCGGGUUCUCGACGCUGUUCAGUUGCAAUGCUCCGCGUCUUCGUACUUGAUGCAGUAUGCGCUCUCAGCCUCUGCAACCCACGCCGAUUCAUUAGGAAGGUCCAUGACCACAGCCCAAGCGGGUUGAGUCAUAACUUACAAGUCAGAACGCCUUCGGCCUUCGCCCAUCUGACAUGGUGGGAAAGCCCAAAAAGUGCCUCAGGGCCCUUCCUAGACCUCAUUGAGCCUGCUGCAUAUGCUGCAUUGCGGCGGGGCAAUGCAACUCUGGAUCGCCGACCCGGAAAGAUUCUCGAAGUCGAUACUGCAGUUAUGUCCAUUUCGGUGAAUACCUGCAGCUGUCAACAUGCCACAGCGAAAAGUUUUUCGUCUGCUUGCUUCGGCCUCCGGGUUGCAGCUGUCUUAUCGGUCAAGAUCCAGACGAAAGCCAAGGCCUAUGCAGAUCGAUAGGCUCAGGGUCUUCUUGCCUGCACAGUAUGGUGUUGCUGCAGUUAUUUCACUCUUCAAGGCAAUAUCCAUCGCUUUUGACUCUUGAGUACUCCGUAGGUCUGCGUAAAUUCUAUACAAUUCGAUGGCGGCUGGGUUGGUGUGCCAUACAAGUGUGAGGCACACCGCAGCAGGCGGAGUCAGGGGAAAGGAGCAACAAGCAUGCCGGCCAAGACCCAACUAAGGUAAGUCCCUCGCCCACCCACGCGAAACCAAAAGUCUGAAUCUACAUUGUAUCGCAACUCCUCUUUUCAAACUUU